UCCAGUCUCCAUUUAAAGAUGGCCGAUGAGCGACUGCUAGGUUGUAGUGGCACGUCAGUUUCAAGUGUCGGAUUGUGAUUAGGUACUGUACAUAGGGAUGUAUAACAAGUGUUGAUUGUUUAAAUAACUCCAAACCCCGAUAAAUCGAGUGACGUGCUACGAGAAGAGAAAUAACCUGAAAUAAUAGGAAACCAAGCAUUAUCAAAUCAUCCAGUAUUAAAUAAAUGAGAAAUGAUAAUGUGAAUCAAUGAAGGAGCCAUGAAUUGCCAUCAGAUACUGAGUGGUGCCUGCAAUGCAGGCGAUCGCUGUUACGCUGUCGGUUCUGUUGAGGGAAUAUCGUUCACGGCUUACGCAGCAGGAUGCAACAUAGUCAUUCUUGCUAGCAACUUUGAAAGGGUUCAAAUAAUACCAGGUGCGGUACACAACUACAUUCGUAUAAGCUGCCUUGACUGUAGCACUGACACUGGGAAAAUAGCUGCUGCAUAUGAAAACCAAGUCUGUAUAUUCGAGCCUACGCCGCUUAUCCACAGCACGUGUUCCCACCAAUUGGAAUAUCGCUGGGUCCAGACUGGCAGUCUUCAAACAGAUUCCCACAUUAGUAGUUUAUCAUGGAAUUUGGAGGGGACGAGGAUACUAACAGGUGGGGAGUUGCUGCAGCUAUGGCAUCAAAAUAUUCAACCGUUCCAGGAAGAGCACACAGCGACAAGAGUACAAAAGUUGCAAAUGGAAGAAGCUGGAGAUUCCAAUACUGUUGGAUCGACUUCACAGGAUCCUACCGGCGGAGUAACGUUUUCCAUUGGUGGAGAGGCGGACAGUCCAGGAGUUGGUGAUUCGAAUAUGGGCUCAGAUGCAGGAACUUGGAACUGCGUAUGGAAAUGCCGCACAGCCACCCCUGUACAUCUUAUGAGUUUCAGCCCAGAUGGCACUCUUUUUGCAACAACUGGUCUGAACGAUAGAUUAGUGAAAAUCUGGUUUGAAAAUAAGCAAUUAUUUCCAACACGAAGCAUGGAUCACUCAAACUUUAGCCAAUCUACAACCAAUGAAAUCAGUUACAGUUUCGUUUACGUCGCUCAUCCGCGUGCAGUUACUCAAUUGUCUUGGCGCAAAACGAGUAAAUACAUGCCAAAGGGAUCUGUGUCUAACAUGCUGGUUACUUCUUGCCGUGACAAUAUUUGUCGCGUUUGGGCAGAGACGAUACCACCAGAAAUUGAAGGGCUAGCCAACAUGAGUCAAUUUGAAGGUCCAGACAGGCAUGGUCAUCACGGAAAAAACCGACAUCAUAGCAUGCAUAAGCAUCGUUUCAUGCAGCGUCUGAAACACAUGAAAACUUGUUUUCAUAUUCGACGACACGUGAAACAGCAACAAAAUCAAGCUGGUCAUACAGCUCCUACUCUGCCUACUCUUCCAUCAACAUAUUCGGUUCACGAUUUCCACAACCAUUAUCAAGGCACCAACCACUAUCCAGGAAUGCAUUUUCAUCUGGCAGCAAGUAUUAACGCUGAAACUGAUAUACCUUUGGUGCCAAGUUUAAUUACCGGAGAUCCCGAGCGGGAGCCAAACUUUAUAUUGCACUGGCUAAACAACAAGGAAAUGCACUUCACUAUGCAGGCCGAAAACAUUUUACAGGAAUUGACUCGAAAAGUUGUCGAAAAAGAAGAAGGAUUACAACAUGACGGGGACAAUGUAGAUCAUGAUUCAGAAGACGAGCAUACACCGAAGAAGGGAGCCGGGCGUCAUCAACACAGCCAAAAAUCUGGGGUUGGCGGUAGAUCAGGAAGCCAGGAAGAUCAUAGUAGUGACGAACAUCACACAACCCACACAUCGUCUCACCACAGUCUACCACACAGUGUACAAUCCCACCAAAGCCUCAGCAAUACGACGUCCAUCAAUUCAAUAGCAACGGAUGCAACAUCGUCAUUAAACCACGUACCAGACUCAUUGGAUACUAAGAUAGAAACUCUGCUUCGUGAUUGGCAUCACAAUCCCGACCUUCUCUUUUCAAUUCAUCCGAUUGACGGCAGUUUUCUCAUCUGGCACAUUGAGUGGCUAGAUGAAUAUCACCCAGGUUCAUUCAGACAGGCACAAAUAUCAUUCUCUACAAGGAUACCGAACGCUUUUCCUCUUGGAGAUGCGUCAACAAUGAGUCACAAUGUAUCAAUGUAUUCCCACAAUACUGGUGGACCUUUGCUCAACAUCAGAGAGGCCACCAAAUCAGCUGCUAAACCUGCAGAGGCUGCUGAGGUGACUACGCCACUGCCAAGUCUCAUUGAACAGGACGAAGAACAAUCUACGCUAACAUCAAAGGCUGGUCAGGAACUUCUUAAGAGCGUACAAACUCUUGCCGAGCAAACUCAGAAUGGGACUCAGAAUUCACAAGGGGCUGAAAAUGCAAAGAAUGUUCAGGAAACUGUUACAGAUAUGCUCGCACAUCCGAGUCCAAUUGUAUCAAUGGUCUCAAAACACUCUAAUGGUACGCUGAAUUUGUGGCAACUAACGUUUGCCGACAAAACGAAAUUCUCCCAGUUUCUUUUGCAGGUCCUCAGCAUUGGGCAUGCUUGCAGAGCAUCUGGUCACCGUUUUAGAGUGAAUGAUAUCACCUGUCAUCCAGUAUUGCCUUUGCUUGUUACUACCUCACAUCACAACAUGCCAGAUUUCCCUACUGUUGAGACACCAAUUCCUGGAUCUAUGAGCGAUAUGGAAAAUAAACAAGAUCAUAGACAGGGAAAAGAUGUAAUGUCACCUACCGGUUUUUGCAGUGAAUUAAUUCUGUGGCGGGUAGAUGCAGUAGGACCAUUGUCGAAGAGCGGAGGCGUGUCUGAGCUUGCUAGAAUCAAUUCCCCUGAGAUUUCGGCAUUUAGUAACGUAGCUUGGAUACCGACAUUGCUUCCUAGUACUACUUUAGGCAGUUUAUCUAAUUCGCCAAGUGCCUGCUUUGUUGCUAGCGACGGAGAGAGCCUCAGAGUUUAUCAAGCAGUUAUAGACGCUAGAACACUAUUGGCUGAGGUUUCUAUCAGUGAAAGAAGAAGCAGAAUGAUGGAUUCUAUGGCCAGUCUAUCGACUGACACGUCAUCUGAUGACGGACUCCGACACUCUAUACACGACAAGAUUAAGAUAGUGUCACAACAAUCAACAUCUAGACCAGGUUGUGUUAUCCAAUUGGAUGCAAUAACUGACGCUGCACACGAUUGGCAAAAUACGCAAUUCCUUCACGUAUUCCAAGAACAACUCAUUACUGGUGAACGGAACGAUGAAAAACUCCCCGGGGUUGAAACAUCCACGAAUGACCUAGGGUUCAUGGAGUCUACGUUAGACGCCAUGGUCGAUUUACAACAGUCGGCCAUAUUCGAAGAGCCUUUCUAUAUUGUUGUUCUUGAAAGAACACAAAAAGGGACAACAGUCCACAUGUGGAGGCUGGUUAUCGCCUCGCAACCAGAAACAUCUGGUUUAACUGGGUCUAUGAUGUAUGUUCCUGACUCUCAUCUUGUACAAGAUGAAGAUGACGAGGGUAUGCCAGGUCGGAAUUUACAAUCGGAAGGCAGAAGGUCUCGCAGAACCAGUCAAACGAUGAGUCGAAAUCCGCGUGAUGGCCAGCCUGAUUUUGAUUCAGCGUUUCAACACCGACAUCAUCAGAAUAGCCACGUUUUAAUCACAACGACCAAAGUUUGUACUCAGGAAUUACCUCUGCCUGAAGGUGUCGAGGUUGUGCACGCAGCCCCAGCUGCUGGUCAUCUCAGCAGCUCCUCUAUUUAUCCAGCGUGUUUUGCUCCGUACAUAGUCGUCACUGCAUGCAGCGAUAGUACUGUUCGUUUCUGGAAAUGCAAAGUUACCAAAACAGGCAAGGAUAAUAUACUGAGUUACGAAUGGUGCGAAUGGGAGAUGAUACGCAAAAAUCAAGAGUCAACAAUCGAUAUAACAGGUCAGCCACUGAAUAUUAGUGCAGCGUACAGCGGAAGAAUAGCUUGUGCAUACAAAUAUGGAAAGUCAUUUACUCGUCCGACCAAAAGUGAUCCUGAUUCUCGUUAUGUCAAUCUUUGUGUUGCGAUAUACGAAUGUGAGAGUACAGGAGGCAGUGAGUGGGUGCUAGAAGAUACGAUACAUUUGAAAAACAUACACUUGCCUAGAAUUCAAGUGGAUCAACAUUUGGACUUGAGUUAUUUGUACGAUAGUAAAUUUUUACAGAAAAAACAGAGACUCACUCAAGUGUUACAAACGCUCAGUCACGAAGAUGUUAGGUCAACACGUAACGGAGAAAAUGGGGACAGUACUAAAGCAGCUGCAGGUCUAUUGGCUGUUCCAUCUUUUAGUACACUUCAGUCGCUUCGGAAAUCAAUAAUAGAAAACGGCAACACAUGUCCCCUGACUCAGAAACACCUCGUUCAACUUGAUUGGGUAUCUAAAGAAGACGGUUCCCACAUAUUGACCGUUGGUGUAGGCUCGAAAAUCAUGCUCUUCACAUCAGUGAGCUCCGAUCUUGCUCAGGCUAAUAUGAAAGCCAUGAAAGAGUCCCAGCGAACCAAUAGACCCAUACUUAGAAAAACUUCAUCUCUGGCUCAGCCUCAGUUCGUUGAUGAAAUACGCUGGAUGAAAUUGAGAAAAAUCGAACUCACCACAGCUGACGGACUGCCACCAUUACCGAUGCAGAUUUCCUGGGUCAGAGACGGGAUUCUGGUCGUCGGAAUGGACUCGGAAAUGCAUGUUUAUUCUCAGUGGAAACCAAAUCCACAGAAUGAUUGUUUCCAUUCAAAUACCCAAACUCAAGAAUCAGAUGAAUUUCAGGCAAGCAGAAACCUUAGAGACGAAGACCUCCGGACUUUAGCACAAGAAACUUCUCAAAGAAGAUUGGCCAAUGUAUCAUCAAUGCCUCAUCUCUCCCGCGUGAGCAGUAUUAAUUUAACAAUGCUAGAUGCCAAAAAGAAACGCGGAAUGCAAAAUGAGAAUGUCACUUUUGACUAUAUGCCUGACAAUGGCUUGUUCGAAGCUUCAAGGAUAGCUUGUCCAGUACUGCCUCAGUAUCAUCCCAAGCAAUUGAUGGAGCUCUUAAAUUCGGGUAAAAUUAGAUGGGUGAAGGCCAUUCUAGCGCAUUUGGUCAGAUGCAUUUCAAGCUCUUGUUCCCUUCGAGUAGACGAUGAAAGUUUGGUAAAACAGCGUGGUGGAUGGUCCAGAUCAAGAACAAUGUCUGUGAGCUAUGUGGGCACAACUUCGCCGCUGGAACCAAGAGGUUCAACGACCCAAAUACCAGAGGAAUUGACCCUGGAUUAUGCAGAAAUAACGUCGAUUCCCCCUCUGCCAUUGUGGACGCUUUUGAUAGCAGAUAAGGAGACCAAUAUGGUAUUGCAGCAAAACGAUGAUAAACAAGAUUACAACAAAUUGUUUGAUGGGACAUUGGAUGAAGAAGAAUCUCUGGAUGACAUGUUGGAUGAAGACUAUGAUCACACACGUCAGAAAGAUCGGCGAUCUUCAGUUCCAGAAAGACAGGGCAUAUCACACUUUGGUCCGAGACAAGGAAGACUGCUGUCGCGCCUUUUAACCCACACUCACUUACCAGGAUUAUCGAGUCUUGAUCAAAUGCAUCUCUUAGCCUUGGCUGACACGGUAUCGACUUGCAACACCGAUUUCGCCGAACGUUUUGCUAUCGAUGCUGCGAAAAACGCAAUAGCCAAGGAAAAUUUGACUGGCAUUCCAGCAGGAGAAGAAAUAUCUACCGAUUCUCUUGAUGAUUGUGGUUUGAGGUUCCUACUUGCAAUGAAACAUUACAAUUACCUAAUACGCUGUCUUCCACUAUCACAAAGAGCCCAAUUCCAAAAGCAGGGUGUAUCUACGAAUAAUCUUGUAUGGGCUUUCCAUUCAGAAUCUGAAGAUGAACUAUUAGGACUCAUACCUUCCUAUGCUAAAGGACAGCCAAAGUGGUCAGUCUUAAAAGAACUCGGUGUCGGAUGGUGGAUUAACAGUAACACAGUAUUGAAACGUUGCGUAGAAAAAAUAGCAAAAUCUGCUUUCCAGGCGAAUCAAGAUCCUCUUGAUGCAGCUAUAUACUAUUUAGCCAUGAAAAAGAAAAAUUUGGUCUGGGGUUUGUUCAGAAACAAACGAGAUGAAAGAAUGACCGCCUUCUUUUCUAACAAUUUUGCUGAGGAUAGAUGGAGGAAAGCUGCGCUGAAAAAUGCUUUUGCUCUGCUCGGCAAGCAGAGAUUCGACCAUGCGGCUGCGUUCUUUUUGCUAGCUGGAGCUUUAAGAGAUGCCAUCGAAGUUUGCCUCAAUAAACUUAAUGACAUUCAGCUCGCCAUGGUAAUAGCCAGGCUUUACGAAGAUGACAGGGCCCCGCCUAAUCUUAAAAGACUACUUUAUGAAGAAAUUUUGGGUUGUGAUAUGGAGGGCAAUAAUGCUGACAUACACAAAGCUCAUCCAGAUCCAUUCCUCCGAAGUAUGGCCUUAUGGAUCCUUAAGGAUUACACCGGCUCAUUGAAUACCUUGCUAUCUACCAAUGUUGGCUCAAACCACCCUCAGUAUAAUGAUGAAUCAGAAAAACCUGAAGGAAGUACCGCCAAUCCAAAUGUAUUCAACUUCUAUGUCUACCUACGUACUCAUCCGUUGUUAAUUAGACAAUACAUUGCGUCUACCGCUCAGGACAAAAGAAAAGGUCACUCAGUUGUCAUCUCCGGCUUCAGUUAUGGUUCGGAAGCUAAAACUCAGGCUGAUAAACAACUGUUGUUAGAAGACAGCAUAACUCCACUCGAGAGACAGCUGUACUUCACCACGGCACAUGCUCACUUCAAGGCUGGCUGCCCGGCUCUUGCUCUAGAAGUUUUAUCGAAGCUGCCGAACAAAGUCAUGGAUACGAACUGUGACGAUUCUCCAAGCCUUCUCAACAGCCCGACAAAGGCAAAAACCCAAGAUGCACAGAUUGAUACUGGAAUCAUCACUUGGGAUUCACCUGCUCCACAAUCAGCCCCUCAAGAGUCGAGUUCGAUAGAUUGGGGUGCACCGGCAAUGGAUUGGUCACAGCAAAUAUCGAAGCAAGCAGAAGAUGAGCUGGUAUUAGAUUGGGAGGAUAACGACCAUGGAGAUGAGGACGAAGAUGCCGAUAGUCCACCAAUGAGUAUGAAUUUAGACAAACGGGAGAAGAGUAUGGAACAGAUGUCUAAGGACGAACAAAGUGAUUCCAAACCAACGGGACAGUUGGACAUAAUGGCGCAACAGCUAAAGUUUAUUGCCUGUCUAAAAAUUUUGAUGGAAGAAUUAUCAACAUUAGCCACUGGCUUCGAAGUUGAUGGCGGGCAGUUACGAUACCAGCUUCAUGUUUGGCUAGAACGAGAAGUUGACGCAUUGAGACAGUUAUGUAGCUAUAGUACUGGUCCAGAUGGUGAUGCAAAUAAUACUUCAGAAUAUGAUGGCGGUAUGAUGGAAGAUGUGCCACCUUACAGACCAGGAGAACAACCAACGUUGCAUGAAAUUUUACUUGCUGAGAAGUUGGACUUUGAAGCUAAAGUUCAGAGAGCUGCAAAAAGAAAGAAGUGGCUGAAAGCAAACGAAACGCUAUUGCGAACUCUACUCUCUUAUUGCUCGUUGCACGGAGCAUCUGGUGGUGGAUUAGCAUCGGUACGAAUGGAGCUGGUGAUCUUACUUCAAGAAUUACAGCAGGAAAAAACUCAGCAGCAACUGCUCAGUCCUUUGCCGUUUCCAACGACGCUGCCUCUACUUAGUGCUAGUGUCGCUUGUAACAAAACAGUGGUUGCCGAUCCUGUUAGGCAUUUACAGGCUCAAACACAUGAUAUGUUGCAAACUGUGAUUGAACUACGGUCCCCGCCUAUGCCUACACGAAAUACUCAUUACCGCGAGGUAUUCAUUCUGAGAGACUUGGCUGUUGCCUUGAGCGCAUGCAUCUACCAAUCACUUUGUGACUCGGACACAUUUGUCAUGAAGCAUCAUCAACCAGAAAGUUUUACAACUCAAGCUGAAAUAGAAACGUUUUCGGGCGGACACUUGGUUGCAUCGAACAAGAAUUAUCGUCGAUAUUCGAUAGACGAUGGAAUGUCUAUAACGACGUUGCCAUCAAAAUGGCCUGGUGUAACUAACUUACGAGCACUUUUAGCUCGGGAAAAAGACGAGGAUGCGCCAAAGCUAAAUAUCCUUCUUUGUGAAGCGUUUGUCGCAACUUAUAUGAGCCUGUUUGUGUACGCAUUGUCCAGCUGCGACAGUCACAUACUUUAUCGUCUAGUCGGACAAAAGUUUGACCAGAGUACUUGGUCAUAUCUGUUUGGUGGCGGUGUUAAAAAACUACUGCGUGUUGCGAGUACGAAUAGUCAGAGUGCAAAUGCGAGCGUGGAACGUGGCGACAGUGUUUCGAGCGAAUCACAACCUGGUAGUGCUGCUGGCGGUGUUUGGAGUACGAUGACCUCAUUGACAAAACAGAGAGUUAGGCUGAAUAUGAAACUCCUUGGACAGUUUACUGGGCAACAGCCCAAUAUGAAAGAAGACAAACCUACAUACAGGGAACAGUUUGUUUCUCCACAGAUGAGCAUGGUGUCCUAUUUUCUUAUGAAGCCUCAUAUAGAAGGAGAUGACCCGGAUGAAAUAGACUAUGAUUCAGCAGAUUCAGCUGUAUCAGAUUUAGAUUCGUCGUCAGAGGAGGAGGAUGUAUUUGAUACAAACGCAAAACCAAAGACAAAACCAAAAGACAAUACAGAACAUUCAAAUCCAGUUUCUUACAGUUGGUGUGUUAUGAGAUUGGCUAUUGUUAGAAUAUUACAACACCAACUACAAGAUUACCUCACUAUUGCCGGAAUAGAAAUGCAAGAAUUGCCAGUUAGUAGCCCUUUGAUUCACGGAACGCUGGGCGUAGUCUCUUUAUGGCAAGAAACCUUGAGAGAGGAGCUCGAAUCAAGAGGUCCGCCCCCUGCUAAUUAUAUUCCUGGCUGUGCCCCGGAUCCAACACCCACGCCAGGGCGGCCAGCAAUACAUAAAUACCGAUCUUUACUAGAAAGGGGGAACACACCAUUCAACACACGCAUGGCAUCUGCUGCACCAUGCAAUCGUCUAUGGUGCUAUCUAGUGAGGCAAGAACUGGUGCAAGAUAUUUUUAUCAGAGCAGUAUUUGGUAAAAGGAGAUCACUGUCGUCAGUUAUUGAAAAUAGCCAUUCAGCUAUCGACGGUAUGAGUAGAGGCACUGGUGAAGAUAAGGGCAGUGAUAGUAGUACAAACAGUCUUCCGGAGCCAGUCAGAAUUAUUCAUAAAGAACAGGAUAGCAUCAGUGCCUUUUGCCUAAACCAGGUCAAGCCAGGGCUCAUGGCAAUGGCUACGCCCAGAGAGGUACAAGAAAUGGACAUUUCCUUGCUACUGGAACUGCCGUCGUGGUUGGAAGAUGAGUGUGAGUUUGAUAUCAUCAAUCUGAAUAAGCAGCCGGAACCAGAACCCACACAGCCAACUAGCUUUUUGGUGAUACAGACAGCAGCUGAUAGACCGCUCCUUGCCCAAAGCCCACAGCCAAACAGCCCGCAACCGCAAUCAGGAAUAGCUGGCCAAAGUGGGCGUGGUGCUAGUGUGAUGAAGGGGAUGCCUGCUUUCCCUGGCUCCCACGACCUGCGCUUCUGUCAGUUUGUCGCUGAUAGGAGUAAACACUUGUUGAAGCCGGUCCUCAAACACAAAAUUGAUGGCAUAAGACGUGUAUCUUCACACCCGCUCCUACCACUGUACUUAACGGGCUCCCAAGACGGUUCAGUUUCCUUAUGGGAAUGGGGUCAUCAGUCAGCGGUAGCAACUCCUAGGCCUGCAGGUACCUUUGCUAAAGUGACAAGAGUCCGUUUUUCACAACAUGGAAAUAAGUUUGGAGUUGCUGACUCCGAUGGACACCUCAGCUUGUUCCAAGUAGCCUGUCGGGAAGGCACUACAAGACCAUUUUUCAACUACCAGUGCCACAGUAAGGUGACAGCCGAUUUUGUUUUCCUGGGUGCGUGCAGUUUAGUUGCAACUGCAGGCCAUGGAUCCGAGGGUCGCAAUGUAGCAUUGUGGGAUACGCUGCUUCCGCAAAACAAGUCACUUGUCCAAGGUUUCGUAUGCCACGACCAGGGUUCGAGCUCAGUGAUCUUGGCACCACAACACCAACUUUUAAUUAGCGGUGGAAAGAAGGGUGAUGUUAAUAUUUUUGAUGUACGGCAAAGACAGCAACGGCAAAGAUUUCAGGCUCAUGAAUCUGCAGUUAAAUGCCUAGCACUAGAUCCCCACGAAGAAUUCUUUGUUAGCGGAGCCGGCGAUGGUGAUAUCAAGGUCUGGGGCCUUACCGUCCAUUCUCUAUUACAUUAUUUUCCCGGUGAGCACGCGAGAUCAAGCUUUUUCAAAAACAUUGGCCAGGGUGUAACUCAAUUACAAGUUGAUUCAGCUGGCCGUUUAUUUUCAUGCGGUGCCGACGGUUCAAUGAAAGUUCGCCAACUGCCCGAACGUGACUGCAUAGUGCACACUCUUUACUAGGACUAAGUAAUUCCUAAAGGCUAAUAAACUCAACUACUUCCUACGUAAGUAAACCAGAGCAACUCAAAUCAAUUACGUAUAUCAUCAUCUAAGCUCAUCUGAGGUCGGCGACAUCAAAAAAUUGCCUUCUAUAAAAUUUAUCACAACCAGACUCAAAACUGGUUCUUGAAUGUCUUUACAUUUUUUUCACUACAUGAUCGAAUGUUACGAUGAUGUCUUCUUUGUGAUCACAAUUUGCAGUCCGAUCACGAGGUAGUGACAGACUUGAAAAAUCUCUGAAUGAUAAAAUGUUUGAUUUGUCGCUGAAGCACUUCAUACAACACCAGCGUAGAAUCUCAGGACUACCUUUUGCAUAACACCAGAACAAUAAAUUUCAAAGAUGAAAUUUCGUUAUCUACUACCAAUAUUUACCUUAAAAAUAUUUACUACCUCUUGAUUGUACGUAAAAAAAUUAUUCAUAAUUAUUAUGCACUUUCUUGAAUAUCCAAGGUAAAAACUUGGUAGAAAACGUUCAGUAUGACACAUUUUAUCUUGAUGUGAUUUCAUAUACACAACGAUUGUGAAGCUAGUACAAUUUUAUUAUUCUGUCAGUUCCUUUUUGUAAAUCAUGAAGUCGAUUUACCUGUGAUUUUUUGAAAACCUUUUCUUUGCCCUUCACCUCAUAAGAAGAGAAAUUUGAGCAUUGGCAUCUGUAUGAAAGUCGGAUAAUUGUUUCUUUCAGGUUCGAUAUAGUCUUGAGUAUUAUGACAUCAUACAUAUGCAUACAUCCAUACAUAUACGUAUUCACGUUUAUACAGUUCUGCGCUUCUUACGACUAUUGCGUGGCCAUAAUGGAUACGAAAGGAAACAGAGAAACGACAUCAUAUUCUCUGAUCACUUUAGGCUUGUGUGCAUAGAAACAUACAAUGUGUAUCGGUACAAUAUAAAUACGAAUGCUGAAUUUCAAAAUAUCAUCUUCAAGCUCGUAAAGACAAACGACAGAGAAAGAACAUAUGAUCUCGUUUUGGCCCGUUACAUACGUAUAAUAUACAUGCAUCCAUGAGUCAUCUAUUUCUAUCGGAAUUUCAAUUUCUAUUAUGAUAAAUAUCUUAAUUAUUAACAAUCAUUCCCUUUUCUUAUAUAAUAAAAAUAAUAAUUAAAUGAAUGUUUAAAAAAAAAAAACAAGAAAAAAAACCUAAACAAAAAAAGGAGAAUAAUAAAUAGAAAAAAGUUGAUUUAUUAAAAAUAAAUUGAAUGAAUAUAUCUGAACACACGAUAAAUAAUUCGUAAUUUAAUCAUUAAUUAUCGUUACUACUAGGUAUUCUUCGUAGCGUUCGUUAUGGUAGGUUUUAAUUAAUUAUUCAUGUCUAAUAGAGAGAAGAGAAGGAAAUAAUCAUUUCUAAAAUUAUGAUGGAUGUCGGUUGAUAUUAUCUGAAUACAAUGGAUUUAAGAAUAGGUACUAACACUGAAAGUUUUUUCAAUGUUUUGGUUAUUUAUACGAGUGUUGAUCGUUUAUCGUAUGAUAUAUGAAUAAAAAUUUCGUCAUAUGUAUACGAAUUUAUCCAAUACCUCCUAAGCGAAAAAAUAAAUUGCUUUCAUUGUAGCCAGAAAUAUUAAACCGGUUUUCCACUUGUUUUAUGCUGUCAAACUAUAACACAGCUAUGUAUUAGCUAGUCGAAUGUGAUUCUAUGAUACGUUUUACUACUUAUUGUUAGAUAGCAAUUUGAACUACCUGAAUUAAAAGGUAUUGUUAACUUAAAAUGUUUUCCUAUAAAUCAUGAAUAUAUUCUGUUAUCAUUAUCAGUGCCAUAAAAACGAAAACAUCUACAUCACAUGAGAAAACUUUGGCACCACUGAGCCAAAGUAAAAACGUGUUUUCAUUAACGUAUUGUUGUAAAAAUAAAAAAUUGUUCAUAAAAUUUACGUGAAGAUUCUUAACAACAGCAUUUGGUUCAAAUCUGUUCAUUUCACAAACUUGUCUAGUAAAAAUUUACUUCCAAUUUCUGGUAUUCCAAAAUGUUUUCUCUGAAAGUUUAGAGAGCUCGCGAUGUUGUGGAAAAUUGCAUUAACGCGUCAACAUGUUUAUUUCUAGAUUAUGGAACAAGUUUUUUUCAGCUAUUGCAGUUAUAACAUACUUCAAGAGCAUUUUGUAAUUGUUUGAUAUAAUGUAGAGUUAAAGCUUUGCCGUUUUGUUGCACUUGAAACAUUGUAUGUUACGAGGUGAAAAACCUGCAGCAUUGAGAAACCAUUAACUUUUAAUUAAAUGUAUAUAUUUUUGUUUUUUUUCUGCAAACAUUCAAGUUUGUUGUUUACAUAACGUACAAGUAAAAAAUAAUAACUGAAAAUUCAUGUGAUGCUUUAAACUUUAUCACGGGUACCAUCAAUCAGCACCACUUUUCGUGUUUUUGGACGUCGGGUUUGAUUUUCAGAUAUACUAGUCUCGAGGAGUUCCAGAGUAUAAAUCUAGCAAUGAACAUUUGAAGUUAACGCUUUUCUGUUUAAAUUCGGAAGAACCUACAUAUAUAAGUAUAGCUGAAAGUAUUAAAGAAAAAAAAAAUUCGGUACAGACUGUUUAAAUAGAUUGAAGACGUUAAUUAUCAUGUUAAAUAUUAUGUUUAUUCUUUUACACAAAAUUCAAAAGUGAGGCAAAAACUGUUUUCAGUAAAACCAGAUCAUUGUCUUUGAUACUGUACGCGUUUCUUCAAAUUUCUGUAAAUUCAACUUUAAUACUGUAGGUAUUUACCUUUUUUAAAAUUCUUUGCUCUCGAUGCCUUAUUUUUUUCGAUAAUUCUAAGAAUUCAUACAUGUUUCUACACGCAUUGCCUACUGCUCUGAUGUAUGUUUCUUUUCUUGUGAUUCGUUUAGCCAAGAAAGGUGUUACACAUCUAACUGUAUUACGAGAAAAAUCAUCAAAGCUACUGAAACAAAAAAAUCAAAUAUAUAUCUGACACAAAACACACAGGUAUAUUUGAUUAUAAAUAUGAACAUUGGUAUUACUCUUAAACUUUGGCACAUAUUGCUACAGCCAACACUUUUAAAUAAAACUUCGUUGACAAUGUGUCACCAUACUCUCUAUAUACCGUUAUUAUCUAUUAAUUUCAUCGAAAAACAAGGCAUUUAACAAUAUUUCAUACGAGUAGCAACAAAAGUUGUGUUAUUUAAAAGUGGAGCAUUUGUGCUAAAAUUGUUACCCCUUUCUCCGCUUUCUCGUCACGAUAUUAAUCAGAGGUAUUCGAUUAAUAUUUACACCCCUAUGCCGUAUUAAUUUAUUUUAUUUUGUACGAGAAUUUCUAUAUCGUCCUUGUUAUUACUCGUACAUAAUAUACUCGUUAUUUCUAAUCAAGGCUACUUUUCUCGGUCAUUGUAGACCAUAUUUCUAUAUGAAUAUUUUACAAAUUAUAGAGAAGCCUAGGUAUUUGAAUAUAGCCUUGAAUGUUAAUCGUUACCCGAUUAAAGCCUGACGAGACGAAUUUGUUAAACGAUAUAUUAUAUAUAUAAAUCAAUAUAAAUGAAAAUCAUACAUAAUAUAUAGCGAAUAUAUUUGUGUAUAUAUAUAAAUAUGUGUAGAGAUAGGGAAUAUAAUAUAUUUAAGAAGAAAGAAAAUAAAUAAAUAUAAAGUGGAUUAAAUAAGUAAAUAAAUAACUAAAUAAGAAAAUUAUUUAAAUUAAUGAGGGCAGUUUAGCAAAGGAUUAUAGUAAUAAAGCUAUAAUCCAGGCUACAGUAUUGUAUACAUUAUCCAGCUGCACAAUAUUAUACAUAUAUAUAUAUACACGCGUACACACAAACUAUAAAUGUUGCUUUGGUUUGCUUAGUAUACUUAGUAAUCGUAAAUCAGUCUGCAUUAUUUUAUUGGCGUUGUUUACUUGGUUACACUAUAUGGUAUAUAUGUAUGUACAUUGUAACUAUUAAAAAGCGACUUAAAAUGA